ACCAAUCAAAUCAACUUCCGGUUAAGACACGUGAGGAAUUUUGGAAGCGACGUGCAGGCGAAAAAGUUGAUAAUCAGAAGAAAAUAUUAAAGAAAAAAUAGUGGAAUUGCACCAAAAGUUUCAAAACUUUGCUGUUGUGUGCAAACGAUGUUUAUUAUGCAAUUGGUUGCGAUUUUAAAUCAAGGGGGAGCAAUGUCAGGAUAGUUCUGAGGGGACUAUGGACAGGCCAAGGUCUGGUUUCCAUGGCAACCAAACAUCGCCUGUGAUGGACAAGAAAAACUAUGAAGAGGUGGCAGUCAUUGGAAAUGGUGCUUAUGGGACUGUAUAUAAAGCCCGCGACUUACGAAAUGAUGGGCAGAUGGUGGCCCUGAAAAAGAUACGAAUUCAGACCACAGAAGAUGGGAUGCCCAUGAACACGAUUAGAGAAAUCUCACUUUUGACUCAUUUGGAUGAUCACCCCAAUAUUGUCAGAUUACUAGACAUCUGUCACACACAGAAGGAUCAGCGGGAAACUCAUCUUUACCUGGUGUUUGAGCACAUAGACCAGGACUUGGCCACCUACCUGGAAAAAUGUCCCUCACCUGGACUGGGGCCAGACAGGAUACUGGACCUGAUGAAGCAGCUUCUUAAGGGGGUGGAAUUUCUCCAUACAAAUAGGAUAGUACAUCGAGACUUGAAGCCUCAGAACAUCCUAGUCACCUGUGAUGGCAAACUCAAACUGGCAGAUUUUGGCCUGGCCAGAGUGUACGGGUUUCAGAUGGCGCUAACGUCAGUGGUGGUCACACUGUGGUACAGGGCCCCAGAGGUGUUACUACAGGCCAGAUAUGCCACCCCAGUGGACAUGUGGAGCUGCGGGUGCAUAUUUGCGGAGUUAUUUAGGAGAAGGCCGCUGUUUUGUGGACAGUCUGAAAUGGACCAGCUGAUAAAAAUAUUUGAAAUCUUGGGCACCCCGUCCUAUGAGGACUGGCCGGAGGGUGUGGCCAUUCCCUGGGAGACAUUCCGCCCCAUGCCCAGGAAGUCCCUCAGGACCAUCAUUGAGGAUCUGGACAGUCCAGCACAGGACCUGCUAGAGAAACUGUUGUCAUUAAACCCACUUCAGCGGAUCAGUGCCAGGGAUGCUCUACAGCAUCCGUAUUUCUCUGACAGUAUAUACCAGGAGGCAGGAGGAUCAUCAUCCUCUCCAUCCUCCUCCUCCUCCUCAUCCUCUUCAAACAGCAAUGGAAACAAUUCCGGUGAAAAUUAUGACACAGACUUCUCUCCUGAGCCAGAGAAAUGACCUAUCACCAUAUUGUGUUCAGUAUGACAUAACUAGACAAUUAAAACUUCUGUCGCCACUGCCGUAGUGCUCUUUUAAGUUUUUAAAGGGAUUUUUUUAUCCAAAGUACAAAAAUGGCUUUAAGAAGACUUCUGUUAUGGCAACUAGAGUCUGUGUCUCUGUCAUUCUCAUAGUAAGGUGCUUAAUUUUGGAGCAGUAUUUCUAUUCAGAGGAUGAGAAAUGGCUUAUCGCUGGUGUUAAGUAUUUAAUGAAUAGGGCCAGCUUUUGUCAUGUGACUGUAGUAUUGCCACAUCGUUGUUGUCCUUCAAAGAGGGUAUUUCCAAAUUUCAACUAUGAGGAAGCUUGUACACAGUGGAUGAGUGUUUGAAACAACUAAAGGUAUCUGAAGAAGAAUUGAGACUAAUGAAACCUGGAA